AUGGACGCUUCAUACCUCUCCUCAACCGAGCAGAGUCUGGAGCACUUUCAAGUCGAUGAACAGCAAGGUCUCUCCGAGCAACAGGUUCGGAGAUCUUUAGAAAAGUAUGGGCGCAACGCAUUGCCAGAAGACCCUCCAACGCCUUUGUGGCAGCUUAUACUCGAGCAAUUCAAAGACCAGCUCGUCAUAAUACUGUUGGGAUCAGCUGCAAUAUCGUUUGUCCUCGCUUUGUUCGAAGACGGGGAAGGAUGGACUGCCUUCGUGGAUCCAGCAGUUAUCCUGACCAUCCUAAUUUUAAAUGCGGUCGUUGGAGUUUCGCAGGAAAGUAGCGCAGAAAAGGCUAUUGCGGCGCUACAGGAGUACUCUGCAAAUGAAGCCAAGGUGGUCCGAAACGGCGCGCUGAAGCGCAUAAAAGCGGAUGACCUCGUCCCUGGAGAUGUCAUUUCGGUGGCAGUGGGGGAUCGGAUUCCUGCGGAUUGCAGAGUACUAUCGAUCCAGAGCAACAGCUUCCGUGUUGAUCAGGCAAUCCUGACUGGGGAAAGUGAAAGCGUUGGCAAAGACACCAUGGCGCUUCAAGAUUCGAGAGCUGUUAAACAGGAUCAAGUCAACAUGCUCUUCUCGGGUACCACCGUGUCCACAGGCCACGCCACUGCUUUAGUUGUUCUGACGGGAGCAUCGACGGCUAUCGGAGAUAUUCAUGAAAGCAUUACGUCGCAAAUCUCUGAGCCCACGCCGUUGAAGCAGAAACUGAACGAUUUUGGAGACAUGCUCGCAAAGGUUAUCACAGUCAUCUGCAUUCUUGUCUGGCUGAUCAAUAUCCAACACUUCAACGAUCCUUCACAUGGCAGCUGGGCUAAAGGAGCUAUCUACUAUCUCAAGAUUGCCGUAUCCCUUGGCGUUGCAGCAAUUCCGGAGGGUCUAGCUGUUGUCAUCACGACUUGUCUUGCUCUAGGGACUCGAAAAAUGGCGGCUAAGAAUGCAGUAGUCCGAAGUCUGCCCUCUGUUGAGACACUUGGAAGCUGUAGCGUGAUUUGCUCCGACAAGACUGGUACUCUGACGACAAACCAGAUGAGUGUCAACAAGAUGGUGUUCUUGAAUGAAUCUGGCACCGAUCUCGAGGAAAUCGAUGUACAAGGUACGACAUUUUCUCCAGAAGGCGGCAUUCUAUCGGGUGGCAAGUAUAUGAACGAUCUAGCAGCGUCGUCUUCGAUGGUCUUGAAGAUGACAGAAGUCGCCGCAUUAUGUAACGAGUCGCAAUUAUCUUUCGAUCCAAGGAACAUGACAUAUAGCAACGUUGGCGAGCCCACUGAAGGCGCACUACGUGUUCUUGUGGAAAAGAUAGGCACACCGGAGCCAGCCAUAAACCAAGCGGCUAGAGAGUUGCCCGUACAUGAGAGAAUGCACCAUGCCAGCAAGUAUUUUGAGGAGAAGAAUCCGCUUCUUGCCACAUAUGAAUUCUCACGAGACCGCAAGAGUAUGUCUGUUCUUGUUGGCAACGGCCCGCAACAACGUCUUCUUGUGAAGGGAGCGCCAGAGUCAGUCCUGGAGCGAUGCACACAUGCUUUACUGGGUUCCAACGGAAAGCGGGUCUCGCUGAAUGAAAAGCUCACAAGUCUUAUAUCCGAGGAGGUUGUCGAAUAUGGGAACCGUGGGCUUCGAGUCAUUGCGCUUGCCAGUGUCGAAGAUGUGGGAUCCAAUCCUCUACUAAGCUCAGCAAAGACUACGGAAGAGUACACUCGCUUGGAGACAAACAUGACCUUGAUCGGCUUAGUAGGCAUGCUUGAUCCGCCACGACCUGAGGUUGCAGAGUCCAUCAUGAAAUGCAGAGAGGCAGGCAUUCGUGUGGUGGUCAUUACCGGAGAUAAUCAGAAUACAGCCGAGACAAUCUGUCGUCAGAUUGGCGUUUUUGGCGAUCACGAAGACCUGAAAGGGAAGAGUUAUACGGGCAGAGAAUUUGAUGCCUUGAGUGAGGGCGAAAAGCUCCAGGCUGCCAAGACAGCACUACUCUUCUCUCGAACGGAGCCCACCCACAAGUCUCAACUUGUGGAUCUAUUACAGUCAAGCGGUGAAGUCGUCGCAAUGACAGGCGAUGGAGUGAAUGACGCUCCUGCGCUUAAGAAAUCCGACAUUGGUGUUGCCAUGGGAUCUGGAACGGACGUCGCUAAGCUAGCUGCGGACAUGGUACUCGCGGAUAACAAUUUCGCAACGAUAGAAAGCGCUGUCGAAGAAGGCAGAUCGAUCUACAACAACACCCAGCAGUUCAUCCGCUACCUAAUCUCGUCCAACAUUGGAGAAGUUGUCUCGAUAUUUCUAACAGCAGCAGCCGGAAUGCCGGAGGCAUUGAUACCUGUACAGCUGCUGUGGGUGAACCUCGUUACUGACGGUCUACCAGCGACGGCGUUAUCAUUCAACCCUCCAGAUCACGACGUCAUGAGAAGACCACCCCGGGGCCGCGAUGAAGCUCUUGUCAGCGGAUGGCUGUUCUUUAGAUAUAUGGUUAUUGGCAUUUACGUUGGUGGAGCGACAGUCUUCGGAUAUGCCUGGUGGUUCAUGUUCAAUUCGGAAGGUCCUCAAAUCACGUUCUGGCAACUGUCUCACUUCCACCGGUGUUCAUCACAGUUCCCAGAGAUUGGUUGUGAGAUGUUCUCGAACGACAGCGCAAAAGCUGCGUCCACAAUCUCGCUUUCGAUCUUGGUCGUCAUUGAGAUGCUCAAUGCUAUGAACGCCCUCUCAUCUAGCGAAUCUCUUCUGACACUCCCACUGUGGGACAAUAUGAUCCUAGUCUAUGCCAUUACAUUGUCAAUGGUCCUUCACUUCGCUCUACUCUACACCCCUUUCCUACAGACGCUCUUCUCCAUUGUCCCACUGAAUUGGAACGAGUGGCAGGCGGUGCUACUAAUAAGCAUACCCGUUAUAUUCAUCGACGAGAUCCUAAAAUUCUUUGAGCGGAAGAUCUACCUACCCAAGCCUUUGGAGAUCAGAGCCAAAAAAGAAUAG